AUUUUUGUGAUCAAGGAAGUGGAUGCCUCUCCUAUUCCAGAAGAAAUUGAGCAGGCUGUAGUACCCUGGGUAUGGGAGUCAGGGGUCCCCGGAAAAUCUAAAGCUGCGCAGCCAGUAAAGGUGGAACUAAAAGAAGGGGCCCAACCAGUGAAGAUAAAGCAAUACCCCUUGAAGCCUGAGGCAAGGAGGGGAGUAGCCCCGUUAAUUAAACAAUUUUUAGCUCAAGGAAUAUUACAAGAAUGUGAAUCAGAGUAUAAUACUCCAAUUUUUCCAGUAAAGAAACCUAAUGGUAAGUACCGUUUGGUACAGGACUUAAGGGCUAUUAAUGAAAUAGUGAAAGACAUACAUCCAGUCGUUGCGAAUCCUUAUACCUUGUUAACAUCUGUAUCGGAGGAGUUUAAAUGGUUCUCAGUGAUUGACCUUAAAGAUGCCUUCUUCUGCAUCCCACUGGCAGUAGAGAAUAGGAAAUAUUUUGCCUUCGAGUGGGAGAGUCCUGAUUUUGGGAGAAAGAAGCAGCUUAUGUAGAUGAGACUCCCACAGAGAUUUAAAUGCUCCCCUACUAUUUGGAAACCAACUGGCCAAGGAGCUGGAGGAAUGGAAGAUAACCCAGGUAACAAUAUCCCCAUCCUUGUAUGUAGUCCUGCAGUACGUGGACGACAUCUUUCUGGCUACUAAGGAAAGGGAAAUGUGUGUGGAAUUAACAAUUAAAUUACUCAACAUGCUUGGCCAAGCAGGGUAUCGGGUUUCUAAGGAAAAAGCUCAAUUGGUCAAAAAUAGCCUUAUUUACCUCGGUUGUGAGAUCACACAAGGGCAGAGACGUUUGGGAGUAAACCGAAUAGAGGCAAUAUGUGCUAUUCCUUUGCCUCGUAACCAUCAGGAAUUGAGAUCUUUUCUAGGAAUGGUGGGAUGGUGUCGACUGUGGAUCAUGAAUUUCGGUCUCCUAGCCAAGUCACUAUAUGAGGCCUUGAAGCAGCAUCGGUUGGAGUGGACGACACAGCAAAAGAAGGCCUUCCAGGAAUUGAAGCAGGCACUAAAGGAGGCCCCAGCAUUAGGACUCCCUGACGUGACCAAGGAAUUCCAGUUGUACGUGAAUGAGAGGCAAAAACUGGCAUUGGGGGUCCUCACCCAGAAGGUGGGAUCCUGGAAGAGGCCAGUGGGAUACUUCUCUAAACAACUGGAUUCGGUAAGUUCCGGGUGGCCCUCGUGUUUACGAGCGGCAACAAUAAUUCUUAUUCAAGAGGCCCGGAAAUUGACUUUGGGGGCAAAAAUGAAAGUGUUUGUUCCCCAUAUGGUCAUGGCCGUUUUGGUGCAAAAGGGGGGUCACUGGCUAUCAUCCAGUCGAAUGUUGCAAUACCAGGCUAUCCUGAGAGAACAGGAUGAUAUUGAAAUAAGGACUACUACUCAUGUUAAUCCAGCAGAGUUUUUACGCAGUGACCAGGAGGCUCGGGGACUGGUGCACGAUUGCGUAGAGGUAAUUGAACAAGUAUAUGCCAGCAGACCCGACCUAAAGGAUGAACCAUUGGAAGAACCUGAAUGGGAACUAUACACUGAUGGAUCCAGUUUUGUCGAGAAUGGGACUCGCUAUGCCGGGUAUGCAGUGGUAACAUUGGAUCGGGUAAUAGAAGCAAAGGCUUUGUUACCUGGAACUUCGGCCCAGAAGGCAGAGGUGAUCAGACUCACCAGAGCCCUGUAUUUGAGCAAGGACAAAAGGGUUAAUAUCUGGACAGAUUCUAAAUAUGCCUUUGGUGUGGUUCAUGUACAUGGGGCGUUAUGGAAGGAAAGGGGGCUUUUGAAUUCACAGGGAACCAACAUCAAGCACCAGGAAGAAGUGCUACAGCUACUGGAUGCGGUACACAGUCCCAAAGCAGUUGCAGUAAUGCAUGUUAGAGGACAUCAGACUGCGGAAGGAGACGUUUACAGAGGAAAUCGAUUUGCUGAUGUUACAGCUCGGCAAGUGGCACGGGAAGUAUGGACUCAAAUGGCAUUGGUACCGGUAAGAACAAAUCCGGCUACCCCAUACCUGAAUCAGGAGCCCAAAUAUUCAAUAGAAGAUGGAAUCAACUUGGGUGGUACGUUACACCAAUGGGACAAAUAGUGGUACCUACCCACAUAAUGAAAUUUAUUUUGGAAUCAGAACAUAAUAAAUGU